AUGGACGCUUCUCAUAAUCUCAUAUCAUCACUCAUCCACUCUCGUGUUAUGGACUUGUGCCUUAUGGUCCUAUCAUGGCAAGAUCAUGCAAAAUAUAUUCAACAAUCUACCAGCCGUAAAUUCCAUGGAGGACAGUUACAGGAUAGUGGAUUUCCUAACGAAUUAAAUUUAUACCUGAAAAGCAGUCAUGCCCGACUAUCAGAUAUUCCUUUACUAAAAUGGAAGGAUAUGUGCAAAGUAUAUUCUAUACUAUCAAAAGUGGCCGUUAAAUAUCUAGUACCUGUUGCGACGUUUGCCCCAAGCGAAAGAUUAUUUCCUAAGGCGGGAUUGCCAUUAAAUAAACAUAAGAAACUUCAGUUAUUAAUAUUAUUUUUGUUUUUUUCAAAUAUCUAAAGAGUCUUGCUUUUAAAUCCGUUAACCAUUGACAUUUUACCUCUACCUCAGGGUUUAUAUUUAUUUUUUUUAUAAUUUAAUCGUUUGUUAAUUAAAUAACAGGAUACAAAAUAUUAUAAUUUAACUUUGUGGACUUAAUAAUCUUAAGAUUUUAUAUUUUUCAUUAAUGAUAUAAAAUCUUAAAAAUAAUGCUUUAGCUUUAUAAACUUGAUUGUCUUUUAGAUUUUAUAGGUACUUUUUUUAUUAAUUAAAUAAAAUCAUAAAAUAAUAAUUAUUUUCAAAUCAAUUUCAAUUCAAAUCCAAUCCAUAUCCAAAUCAAAUUAAAAUCAAAAAUUGUAUACAUUGUUAUGUGAACAUAACAUAACAUUUUAGUUAUUAAGUAUUCAAAAGUAAAAACAAAUACUUUAACAAAAAUUGAAACAACCAAUAAAUUCUAUAGUCAUUUCUAUAAAUACUUUAAAAUAGAGAACAACAGUGAGACAGUUACAAUAUUAAAAUUCUGAAUUUUGUAUUCUAAUUGUAAUAGAUUAAGUGAUGUAAUUAAUAUUUUAUACUUACCUGCUUAUAUAGGUAAGAAGAAUAUUAUGUAGACUUAAAAUGUAUUAUUUAUUUUUAUAAUGUUAGGGAUAUAGCAAUAUGGGGUGUGUAAAUUCUGAAUAUUUUUUGCAAUCUCUGACGCCUUACGAUCCCCUUACACCACUGUAUAUAUCUCAAUUCAUGCCUAGAAGUAUUUAUUAUCACGAUCCUGGUAAAAAUCAUAUCAUUUAUUCAUAUCAAUUUUAACCUACAAAAAUUUAAUUUUCAUUUUUACUGGCCGUCACCACCUGCGUUUCUUUAUUGUUUUCAUUCCUAACUUUUAAGUAAUUAUCUAUUCUUCUGUGUAUUAACUAGUAACUUAGGUUCAAGUACCUUACCUAUAAGUAGUACUUGUAUAAUUUGUAUAAUAUAUAGUAAUUAGUUUUAUAGGUUCCAAGACAGAAUAAAUUUAAUAGAAAUUUCACAAUUUUUCAAAAUGAAUCGUAACAAACAUAAUAAUUGUGGAGUAGAUGAAAGGGAUAAUCAACUUCAGGCCAGUGAAACUGAUCCAUCAAAUCCAUCCCCGCGUAUGCAUUUUGAUUUAUAAAAUUCUAACUAAGUACUUAUAAUAAUAUGAACUUGUAUUUACAUAUAGGUACAGGUCCUAAAAACAAAUUUUUAUAUGAGGGAUUGGCAGAAAGAAAUGUCGGUAUUACAGAAUAUAGUACAUCUGCUCCAGGAAUAUCUGGUAUAUUAAAACAUAGGUACAUACAUGAUAAAACAUCAAAACUUUUUUUUUUUUCCAUUUUUCAAUGUUAGGAUUUAGUUAUUUAUUAAUCAUUUUGUUUAUACUAGUAUUUACUUACAUAGUUACCAACUUAUAUAUUUAAUUAGGUACCUAUUAUAAUUUAUUGCAUUGUAUAUUAUACUAAGUCAUACUAACACCAUAUGCUAAUAUAAUAAUACUGUUGGAAUUUAGAUUAUCUGAUUUCCAAGUAAAUGAAAUUUCAUUGGAUGGAACUAUUGUGCGCCUUACAAGUCAAAGUAUACCAAAAAAUGAGGAUGAGGAUGAGGAUGAAAUUAAAGGUAUUUACGAAAUGUCUAGAAAUAUCAAUUUACCUAUCUAUAGUAUUUUAUACUUUUUUUCGUUAAUAUUAUGAUUAGAUAUCGUCGACGAAAGUGGUUUAUGUGAGCAAUACAUAGAGGAUAUAGAUUCUUUGGUAGCUUUACGUAGUACCAAACAGAUUGAAAUUAAUGUAACAAUUAUAUUAAAUAUAUGAUAAAGUAAUUUUUUUUAUAUUAAUGUAUGUAUAUUUCAGGUGGAGGGUUUAACUAAAGAAAAACGCACAUCGAUUCAUAAAUUUUUAUCAUUCAAAUAUGGUAAAAGUAUCAGUACUAAUACCAUAAAGAAUGAUCAGGAAAAACAGUGUAUCGCUAUCAAUUUAGCAAGUAUUGUUAGAGAUAGUUAGUAAACAAAGUUAUUUAUAAUUUUAAAUUAUACAUAUAUUUAUCUUUAAUACGGUUUUCACAUAAAUAUGUUGGUAUUAUCAGUAUUUAAAUUAAUUAAAAUAAUACAUUUCAGACAGACAAGUAACGUGGCCUAAGUCACGACCUGAAUAUUUACAUUUUGCUUUACACAAAUGUAACAUGGAUACUACAAAUGUAGUGAGCAUUCUUUCGAAACAACUAAGGUAACAUUCUAAAUAUUACUUUAGGCAUGAAACAAAAAUUAUUAUAUAAAAUAAUACCUACUUCUAUACAGUUUUAAACAUUUAUUAAUUUUUACUUAUUUCCUUUUAAACUUUCAACUAGUCAGCUAGUUUAUACAUUUAUAAUUAAUUAAUAUAAGAUCAUAAAAUAUUUUCCAUAAAAAAAAAAAAUAACAUCCGUUUAUGUAUUAUAUUAUCAAUACACCAACUAAAAUACAUAUUUAAGUUUUUAUUAGAAUUUUAGUUUUUCAUUUUUGAAGUUAAUCAAUAAUGUAAAUUAAAUUUUAAUUUUGUGUUAAUUUACCAAGUUCAAUAAUUAUAUGGUUUAUUAACAACUAAUAGUAUAUUAUAUAUAAUUUUUAUUCUUUUUGUAGGGUCAAAGUGAAUACGAUUAAACACGCUGGCACAAAAGAUAAACGUGGGAAUACAACUCAAAUGAUUUCGAUUCGAAAAUUACAUGCUAGUAAUGUAGCAAAAGUACAUGCCAAAAAUAUAUGGACUGGAAAUUAUGUAUAUAAAGAUUCUACUCUUCAAUUAGGAGCUCUAAAGGGAAAUAGAUUUCGUAUUGUUUUAAGGUAAUUUUACAUGAUAAAUAUUUAAAAUAACUUAUUAUCGCAUCAUAGUCAUCAGCUACUUCAUAUAUAGUAAUAAUUUUUUUUAAAUUUUAUAUGUAUGUAUAUAUAUAAUAAUUAAUAAUAUAACGAAACUUGUUAUUUUAUAUAUUAUAAUACUGUACUUGAAUAUUUUAUUUUUGACUUCUUAAAUAUUUAUUAUUCUGUUUCACUAAAAAAAAAUUGUUUUUGUCAUUUGUUUCAGCUGAUUAUAACAUUUAAUUUACAAUUUACCUAAUUUGUAUUAUUUUAGAAAUAUUAAAGGAAGUGAUGAAGAAGUUUCUAGUGCUAUUGAAAUGUUAAAAUUGCAUGGAUUCAUCAACUAUUAUGGAUUACAAAGAUUUGGCAAUUCAAUAGUGUCGCCGACUUAUAGUAUUGGAAAAUCAUUGGCUAGUGGAAACUAUAGUGAGGUAAAUAUUUCAAACAAUAUCUGUAAAUUAUAUUAUAAAAAUUACAUUUUAGAGACAACUACUUAUUUUUAUGUUUAGGCUAUCGAUAACAUUUUGAAACCUAGGCCUAUGGAAAGCGCAUUUGUAUCAGAUACUGAUCGCGCAAGAACAGCUUGGUGGGACACAAAAGACCCUGCAGAGGCCAUGAAACAACUAUCAAAGAAAAAUUACACCAUUGAAGCUAAAAUUAUACGUUCAUUGGCUUUUAAUGGUCCAAAAUCUUAUAUUAAUGCUUUUCAAAUUGUAUGAUAAUAUUAAUUUUUUUCAAAUAUUUAACCUAUUAUUAUUACUUCGUAUUAUUAUAUUGUAGAUUCCACGAAAUUUAGUAUUAUUAUACCUUCACUCUUAUCAGAGUUUAAUAUGGAAUAAAAUUGUAUCGCGACGUAUACAAAAAUUUGGUUUGAAACCAAUUGUAGGAGAUUUGAUAUUCAAAGACAGUGAAUGGAAAGAUAAACCUAUUGAAGUUAUAAACUGUGGAGAUGUUAUCGAUGAAACACAAGAAGAAGAAGCUGAUUUAGUCGUUGCAAAAGUUCCAGCGGUAGUACCAAUAUCUGAAGAAAACUUAUCUAAGUUUACUAUUUUUGAUGUUGUGUACCCAUUACCAGGUUGUGAUGUGUGGUACCCAAAAAAUGAAAUUGGUCAAUGGUAUAUAGAUCUUUUGGCUGAGGACGACUUGACUUCUGAGAAACUAUCAAAAAAAAACAAGUAAUGCAAAUUUUGUAUAAAUAAAAUCUUAAGAAUAUUUUUAAAUAUUUGAAUAUUUAUUUUACAGACUAUUUUCACUGAAAGGUACUUAUAGGAAUAUUGUGUCGAAAGCCGAAGACUUAAAGUGGUCUAUAUAUAAUCAUGACAACUUGGAUGAUGAUUUAUUGUUAUCUGAUAUAGAAACAUUAUCAAAUGUAGAACCAUUCAAAUCAUUACCUAGUAUGUUAUAAAACAACAAAUUACUUUAAAUUUAUUGUGUUUACUUGUAAUAAUUAGUCUUUCCCUUUUAUAGAUGGUUCUUUUAAAUCUUUGAUGGUUGAAUUCACCUUACUUCCAUCAAUCUAUGCCACUAUGGUCGUGCGAGAACUAACUAAACAGGAUACUUCAGCUUAUAAUCAAGCAUCGCUAUGUAAAGACUUAGACAUGAAACAACACAUCCCCAUACCUGAGGAAAGAACAAACAAUUAUAAAAAAAUAAAACUUGAUGUACCUACUGUAGAAAACUAAAAUAAUAAAAAUAAAAUAUUUUUAUAUUUUGUUUACAACACUUCUUGAUAUGCUUUUUCAGGUUAAUCUUGUUGAAACCAUGGCUGCAGUUAUUAAGUAUUGUAGUGAUAUGUCCAUUCUCCAGAAUGUGACAACAUGUGGUUCCAUAAAUUGUUUGGUGUCAGAUAACAUUUGUCACUAA